AUGGGGGACCCCAUGGGGUAUGCGCAACAAAUCCUUGUUAUCCAGUUAGAAUCGGAUGAUGAAAGGGGGAAACGGAACGGGAACGGGAACGGGAACGGGGCGGUGACGGGGAAGAAGGCGCCGUCGAAGGACCGGCACAGCAAGGUGGACGGGCGGGGAAGGAGGAUACGGAUGCCGAUCGUGUGCGCGGCGCGGGUGUUCCAGCUGACCCGCGAGCUCGGGCACAAGUCCGACGGGCAGACCAUCGAGUGGCUGCUCCGCCAGGCCGAGCCCUCCAUCAUCGCCGCCACCGGCACCGGCACCACGCCCGCCUCCUUCUCCACCUCCUCCUCCUCCUCCGCCUCCGCCUCCCUCCGCGGCCCCGCCCCCUCCGCCUCCGCCCCCUUCAUCCUCGGCAAGCGCCUCCGCUCCGACGCCGACGCCGCCGACAAGGAGGACGCCGCCGCCGCAGCAGCCGCAGCAUCGGCGGUCGGGGUCGGGGUCGGAAUCGGGCCCUCGGGAGGGUUCUGGGCGCUCCCGGCCAGGCCGGACUUCGGGCAGAUAUGGAGCUUCGCCGCGGCGGCGGCGGCGGCGCCGGAGAUGGUCGUGCCUCCGGCGAGCUUCUCCGGGAGGUUCGCCGCCGCGGCGGCGCAGCCGGUGGGGGAGGCGUCGGCGGCGAGGGUGGGGAACUACCUCCCCAUCGCGCAGGGGCACCUCAACCUCCUCGCCACCCUCUCCGGGGCCCCCGCCGCCACCUCGGCGGGGCGGAACGAGGACGAGAGCCGCUAAUUCGGCGCGCGGGCCCCGCGCCAUCUCUAGGGUUAGGGUUUCCAAUUUUUAGAUUCGGAGAGUGAUGUCGAAGGUUCAACAAGUAGCUAGAGUGUUCCUCAUUGUCCAACUUAUCCUGCUUUUCUCCUCUUCGCAAGAAAAGGUAUUGGAAGAGAGACAAAAAUAGAAAAGGAGGAUUAAAUGCUCUCUCUCUCUCUCUCUCUCUUUCUGUCUCUCUCUCUCUGAAUUUGUGUGGAGAAUUCAGAAGGGAAACACCCCCCCCCAAAAAAAAAAAAAAAGCUUCUGGAUUUGCCCUGUAAGUUCUCUCUGUGUUCAAGUCCAUCUGUAAUUUAGUCAUUUUUCAUGGAUUUAUUAUUAGCAUUUGGGAAUAAUUAGUUGUUUGUAACUGUGUAUGUAUUUAUGGAUUGUUUGAUGGUGCAUGAGUGCCAAUAAAAACUGUACCUUUUUUUAUUGCUGCUAA